AUGUGACAACAGAAGGUCAGACAUGGCAGCCUGCACCAAAGGGCUCGACAAGUUUAUCCUUUCGCUGAGGUUGUUACGAAACCUCCAGCUGCAAAAUGAACGCUUUUUGUCCACGUCUCUGUGUCGACCUGCUCCGGCGAAUAAGAACGAGCCACCCAAAUUCACUCCUCCACCGAAACCUGUCAUCAUAGAUAAAACACAAGCUGCAGCAUCUCUGCGAAAGUUUCUGAGCCCAGAGUUCAUCCCUCCAAGACAGAGAACAGAUCCUUUCAAGUUUUUCAUUGAGAGGAAAGACAUGAUCCGCAGGAGGAAAGUGCUCAACAUCCCUGAAUUCUACGUAGGGAGUAUCCUGGCAGUGACCAUGGCUGAUCCUAAUGCCAGUGGGAAAACUAACCGCUUUGUUGGAAUCUGUAUCCAGAGGGGUGGAAAAGGGUUAGGAGCCACAUUUAUCCUAAGGAAUGUCAUUGAUAGCCAAGGUGUGGAGAUUUGCUAUGAGCUGUAUAGUCCUCGUAUCCGGAAUAUUGAGGUGCUGAAGCUGGAAAAAAGGCUGGAUGACAACCUGAUGUAUCUAAGAGAUGCUCUUCCUGAGUACAGCACUGUGGACAUGGAAAUGAAGCCUGUGCCCUUCUCCGUUUCUGGAGAGGUGCCUGUCAACAAGAUCAAAGUAAGGAUGCUCCCAAAACCAUGGUCGAAACGCUGGGAACGACCCAAGUUCAAUAUCCAGGGCAUCCGCUUCGACCUGUGCCUGACCUCAGAGCAAAUGGAGCACGCCCAGAAGUGGGCACAGCCUUGGCAGGAGUACGACAUGCUGAAGGAGUAUGACACGUCCAAGUUGGAAGAGCAGAUCCUCAGUGAGGUCCAGCAGGGGAUGAGCAAGUGAGGAAGAGCCUCCUAAAAUGCAAACGUUCUUCGGUUUAAUUAUCAACGCAAGAACGGGAAAAGACUGGGAUGUGAGGCUUGCAUGGAUGGGAAACACUCUUCCUGGAAGUUCAUCCAGAUGUUAACCACAGCCAUGCAAGUGUAUGUAAGGAGGGGCCAAUAGGGAAACUGAUGCUGUAUUCUGAGGAGUCAUGCCUUCUUUAUUUUGUCUUAUCCAUCAGUUUGUUGUACUGUAUGAAUUCUUUCAUUGGUCACUGGCCAUAAGUAUGACAUUUGCCAUUUUGCAGAUGUUAAGUGGUUUCUAUAAUAAAAUAUAUUAAACCCUG